UUUUUUUUUACUAUGCGCUUCCUUAAUAAAAAAUAAUUUCUUUUCUCUUUUUCUCUUUUUCUCUUUUUCUUCUUUUCUUUUUUUAUUUAUUAUUUAUUUUAUUUUAACAAAAUGACUGAUAUAAAUCCAUUUUCUUCAAUCGAUACAGCGCUUAUAAAUCAGUCAAAAAUGGAUGAAUCACCUAUCCCCUCUGCUGUUCCCUUUAAUGAUACUGUCUCUAAUCAGAAGAAUGUAUCUUUAUUCAAUACUCCUCCUCCUUCAGUCAAAGUAGACAAUCCCACAAAUAUCAAAUCAUUUAGCCAUAGCUCUCCUAAUACUAACUUUAAAGAGAAUCCUACAGCUCAUUUAAAAGCUAAAAUUGAGUCUCUUGUUUAUUGGAAAAAUCCAAAGAAAAGUGGUUUGUUCCUUAUUGGGUCGUUAGGCUUUUUAGUUUUAUCAGAAUAUUAUUCAUUCUUGCAAAUCAUGGCGGGAAUAUUUACGUUCAUAACCGGUAUAAACUUGAUAUUCGUAAAUGCUCAUAAACAAGGGCAAAUAUUCAUUAGAGGAAAGUCAAAUGAAGAUGUCUUUAAUCCUCAUAGUGAACGUCUUAAGAGAAAAGACAGUUUGAUUCCUCGUGAACGCGUCUUACGUGGAGCAAAUAUAAUGAUUGACGUUGCCGAAGCACUUUCACAGCAGAUUGUAAAAUUGGCGUUUAUUGAAGAUAAUUGGCGCUCAUGUGUUUCUUUAGUCAAUUCUUAUUUGGUCUGGACUCUUGCAAAGUAUGUAUCCACAAAAUAUUUGAUAGGACUUUUUAUACUUUUUGCUUUUACUCUUCCUCGUCUUUACCUUCAACAUCAAGCAGUAAUUGAUGCUCAUAUUGCUCAACAAUCUAAAAUAGCUCGUGAUUUGGCUACAAAAUAUUGUAAUCUUGCCAAUAAUAAGGCUAAAGAGUUAAUAGUACAAGCUAAAUCUAUUUUAAAGAAGGGUCCUGCACCUAAUCCUGUCUCAUCAACACAGGAUUCCAUUAAAAAAGAUUAAAAUAGUAAUAACUGUACAUUAUGUUUUUUAUUAAAGGAAAAAAAAAAAGAAGCUAAAUGCAUGAAAUAAUCUUUCUUUUAAAACGUUAUGAUAAUUAAAUAAAAUCAUAAAAU